AUGCCUCCGGAUGUCAAUGCCUCCGGAUGUCAGUGCCUCCGGAUGUCAAUGCCUUCGGGCGUCAAUGCCUUCGGACGUCAAUGCCUCCGGACAUCAAUGCCUUCGGACGUCAAUGCCUCCGGACAUCAAUGCCUCCGGACAUCAAUGCCUUCGGGCGUCAAUGCCUUCGGGCGUCAAUGCCUACGGACAUCAAUGCCUCCAGACAUCAAUGCCUCCAGACAUCAAUGCCUCCGGACGUCAAUGCCUCCGGACGUCAAUGCCUCCGGACAUCAAUGCCUCCAGACAUCAAUGCCUCCGGACGUCAAUGCCUCCGGACGUCAAUGCCUCCGGACAUCAAUGCCUUCGGACAUCAAUGCCUCCGGCAUCAAUGCCUCCGGACAUCAAUGCCUCCGGACAUCAAUGCCUCUAGACAUCAAUGCCUCCGGACAUCAAUGCCUCUAG